AGCGCUUCGCCUAAAUUGAACUCCGAGGAUUUUCUGUGCCACGGGCAAAGCUUGGAGAUGUCUCUACUUUGCGUGCGAGUGAAGAAGGCCAAGCUCCUUGGGCCUCCAGAUAAGUUCAAUACCUACGUCACGCUGAAGGUGCAGAAUGUCAAAAGCACGACCGUUACAGUACGUGGGGAUCAGCCGUGCUGGGAGCAGGACUUCAUGUUUGAGAUCAGUCGGCUGGACCUGGGGCUAAUAGUGGAGGUUUGGAACAAGGGUCUGAUCUGGGACACAAUGGUCGGAACAGCGUGGAUUCCACUGGAUACCAUCCGCCAAUCAGAUGAGGAGGGUCCGGGCGAGUGGACCUCUCUGGACUCGGAGGUUCUGAUGAAGGAGGAUGAGAUAUACGGCACCAAGAACCCCACGCCCCACCAGGUGCUGCUGGACACGCGGUUCGAGCUGCCCUUCGAUAUCCCUGAAGAAGAAGCCCAGUACUGGACCAGGAAGCUGGAGCGGAUCAACACCAUGAGGAUUCACGAUGAGUACCCUCUGCAUGACGAUCAGCGGAGAAGGCUACCGUCCGUGCCCUCGCAGUGCUCCUUGGAUGACCAUGACAGUGCGGUUGAUGACAGGGACAGUGACUACCGCAGUGAGACCAACAGUCUGCCCCCAAAGUACCACUCUACGGCCCAGCCAAACUCCUCAAUGCACCAGUACCCUAUGGGCCGCCGGCUGCCCCACCAGGCUUUCUCCAGAGAGUCCGCCACUGACUCCAUGCACAGUUAUGACAUGGAUUGUAGGGAAGUCCAGGGGACCAGCCCGGUGGACAGUAGCCGUUUCGGCUCCUCGGGGAACCUUAGCCAGGCCAGCACCCAGCUCAGCUCCGAGCUGGAGGAGCGCCGCGAUGCGGACUCCUACCACUCCUACCACAGCUCCAGCAGCUACCCACCCGCUGACGAACACGGCGCCUCCUGGGAGGGGGAGGAAGAGGACGAGCCAGAGAAGGGAACCCCUGGAGACACCCCCCAGACUGGCCCGGCCCAGUCCCCAGAACCCCCGGAUAACAAACCAGACAAAUUCCGCAGUUUCCUGGAUGGUGGACCUCCACCCUUUUCGCCGUCCAGAUUGAGGUGGCUGAAGGCCAUCAACAAAGUCCGGGGUCAGCUGCAGGAGGGCCGGGACAGUGAUGGCGACCCCAGCAAACACCCGUGGGUCAAGCAGGGUGGAGGUGGCCUUUUCGGCAUCGACAGCAUGCCUGACCUCCGUAAGCGGAAGCCUAUCCCACUGGUCAGCGAGUUGUCAUUGGUUCAGUCCAGGAAGGCGGGGAUCAGCUCGGCUAUGGCCACACGGACCUCCCUGAAGGACGAAGAACUGAAGACCCACGUGUAUAAGAAGACCCUGCAGGCGCUGAUCUACCCCAUCUCCUGCACCACGCCCCACGCCUUUGAGGUGUGGACGGCCACCACGCCCACCUACUGCUACGAGUGCGAGGGGCUGCUCUGGGGCAUCGCCCGCCAGGGCAUGAGGUGCUCCGAGUGCGGGGUCAAAUGUCACGAGAAGUGCCAGGAGCUGCUCAACGCCGACUGCCUGCAGAGGGCGGCGGAGAAGAGCUCAAAGACAGGAGCUGAGGACCGCACGCAGAACAUCAUCAUGGCCAUGAAGGACCGCAUGAAGAUCCGUGAGCGGAACAAGCCCGAGAUCUUCGAGGUCAUCCGCGACGUCUUUGCCGUCUCCAAGCUCACCCACGCCCAGCAGAUGAAGACCAUCAAGCAGAGCGUGCUGGAUGGCACCUCUAAGUGGUCCGCCAAGAUCACCAUCACAGUGCUGUGUGCCCAGGGACUGCAGGCUAAAGAUAAGACGGGUUCCAGCGACCCCUACGUUACAGUUCAGGUGGGGAAGACCAAGAAAAGGACCAAGACCAUCUACGGUAACCUGAACCCUGUCUGGGAGGAGAAGUUCCACUUUGAGUGCCACAACUCCUCCGACCGCAUCAAACUGCGCGUGUGGGACGAGGACGACGACAUCAAGUCGCGGGUGAAGCAGCGGCUGAAGCGCGAGUCUGACGACUUCCUGGGCCAGAGCAUCAUCGAGGUCCGCACGCUCAGCGGGGAGAUGGACGUCUGGUACAACCUCGAGAAACGGACGGACAAAUCGGCCGUCUCUGGUGCCAUACGGCUGCAGAUCAGCGUGGAGAUCAAGGGGGAGGAGAAGGUGGCACCCUAUCACGUUCAGUACACCUGUCUGCACGAGAACAUCUUCCACCACUCCACGGACGUGGAAGGCCAGGGUGCGGUCAAGAUCCCAGACGCCCGCGGGGACGACGCCUGGAAGGUGUACUUUGAGGAGGUGGCGCAGGAGAUUGUGGACGAGUUUGCAAUGCGUUAUGGGAUAGAGUCGAUCUACCAGGCCAUGACACAUUUCGCCUGCCUCUCCUCCAAGUACAUGCUGUCCGGGAUCCCCGCCGUUAUGAGCACACUGUUGGCCAACAUCAACGCCUUCUACGCCCACACCACUGCCUCCACCAAUGUGUCUGCCAGCGACCGCUUCGCCGCCUCCAACUUUGGAAGAGAGAGGUUUGUUAAGCUCCUGGAUCAACUGCACAACUCUCUACGUAUAGACCUCUCCACUUAUCGCAACAACUUCCCUGCCAGCAGUCAGCCCCGUCUGCAGGACCUGAAGUCCACAGUGGACCUGCUCACCAGCAUCACCUUCUUUAGGAUGAAGGUCCUGGAGCUGCAGAGUCCCCCCAGGGCUGGUCAGGUGGUGAAGGACUGUGUGAAGGCGUGUCUCAACUCCACCUACGAGUACAUCUUCAACAACUGUCAGGAGCUGUACAGUCGAGAGUACCAGCCCCAGGCAGACCCUAACAAGCAGGAGGAGGAGGCCCCAGAGGAACAGGGCCCCAGCAUUAAGAACCUGGAUUUCUGGCCCAAACUCAUCACCCUCAUCGUGUCCAUCAUCGAAGAAGACAAGAACUCCUACACGCCGGUCCUCAACCAGUUCCCCCAGGAGCUGAACGUGGGAAAGGUCAGCGCCGAGGUCAUGUGGACGCUGUUUGCCCAGGACAUGAAGUAUGCCAUGGAGGAGCAUGAGAAACACAAGCUUUGCAAGAGUGCUGACUACAUGAACCUGCACUUCAAGGUAAAAUGGCUUUACAACGAGUACGUGAACGACCUGCCCUCCUUCAAGGACGUCAUCCCAGACUACCCGUCGUGGUUCCUGCAGUUUGUCCUGCAAUGGUUGGCUGAGAAUGAGGAAGUGUCCCUGGAGUUCAUGCAGGGGGCCUUGGAAAGAGACAAGAGGGAGGGGUUUCAGCCGACGUCAGAGCACGCUCUGUUCUCCUGCUCCGUGGUGGACAUCUUCACCCAGCUCAACCAGAGCUUUGAGAUCAUCAAGAAACUGGAGUGCCCCGACCCCAAAGUCAUAGGCCAAUACAACCGCCGCUUCGCCAGGACCAUCACUAAAGUGCUCCUGCAGUACUGUGCCAUCCUCAGCAAGAGUUUCCCCUGCUACUGCGAGAAGGAGAAGAUUCCGUGUGUCCUCAUGAACAAUGUCCAACAGCUCAGGGUCCUGCUGGAGAAGAUGUUUGAGUCCAUGGGGGCCCAGCAGCUUGACUCAGAGGCUGCAGAGCUGCUUAAUGAUCUACAGGUGAAGCUGAACACCGUUCUGGACAACCUGAGUGCCAUGUUUGGGAACAGCUUCCAGAGCCGGAUCGAUGGCUGUCUGCGACAGAUGGCUGAGCUGCUGUACCAGGUGAAGGGGCCCGUCAAUGCUAACGCACGCAACACCGUGGAAUCCGACUCCGACAACAUCCUCCGCCCCCUCAUGGAGUUUCUGGAUGGAAAUUUGAUUCUGUUUGCGUCUGUGUGUGAAAAGACUGUCCUGAAGCGGGUUCUGAAGGACCUGUGGAGGAUCGUGAUGAACAGCAUGGAGAAGAUCAUUGUGCUUCCCCAGAGCAACGACAGCUUUGGUGUACAAAUCCUCACAGCGGCAAAGGAAUUGGGACAGCUGUCCAAACUGAAGGGCGGGAGUGAGACUAAGAGCCUGAGCCCUAAACAGUGUGCUGUUAUGGAGGUAUCCUUGGAGACCAUCAAGCAAUACUUCCACGCCGGGGGGAACGGGCUGAAGAAGGCGUACCUGGAGAAGAGCUCGGAGCUGUCCUCCCUCCGCUACGCGCUGUCUCUCUACACACAGACCACCGACGCGCUCAUACGCACCCUCGUCACCAGCCAGCACACCCAGGGGUCAGGGGUGGACCGUCCCGUGGGCGAGAUCUCCAUACAGGUGGAGCUUUCCACAAACCCCGGAAAUGGAGAGCAAAAGGUCACUGUGAAAGUCGUGGCUGUGAAUGACCUGAAGUGGCAGACCACCGGAAUGUUCCGCCCCUUCGUGGAGGUCACCAUGAUUGGCCCACACCUGAGCGACAAGAAGCGCAAGUUCUCCACCAAGUCCAAGAACAACAGCUGGUCGCCCAAGUACAACGAGACAUUCCACUUUGUCCUAGGCAACGAGGCCCCUCUGGACUGCUACGAGCUGCAGGUGUGCGUGAAGGACUACUGUUUCGGGCGGGCGGACCGGAUGGUGGGGGUGUCGGUGCUGCAGCUGCGGGACGUGGCGGAGAGGGCCGGCUGUGCCUGCUGGUGCCCCCUGGGCCCCCGGAUCCACCUGGACGAGACGGGCGUCACGGUCCUCCGGAUCCUGUCCCAGCGCUCGGCCGACGAGGUGGCCCGCGAGGUCGUCAAGCUCAAGUCCGAGACGCGCUCCGCGGAGGAGGGCAGAUGAGAGGGGGCCGGCCAAUGAGAAGGGCUGGAGCGAGCAUGUGACUGAGUCGGGCGGUGGGUUUUGCCCCCUCCUCUCUCUGCUUGUUCUGGAAGAGGGAGGGAGGGGGAGGAGGAGAGAGGAGGAGAGCAGCAGGUGAAACGAGGGUUGCGUGACCUUGAGGUCGUGCACACAGUAUUCUUCUGCUUUUCUCAUCUCCCGCACACUCCUUUCUCUCUGAAGAUGUGGCCUGCUGCCAACCUCUCUCGCCA